UCCGCACUCGCAUCCGACAGCCGUCCGUCGCACGCCUUGAGCCUCCGUCAUCAGAUACCAACGACCGCGAAAUCCUGAACCCCUUGAAGCUUCGCGCUCCUAAGUCGCAAACAUGUCGGGCGAGGCGUGGCUAUACCUGUUCGCCGUCAUUAUAAAUGCGGUCAACCUGUUCCUCCAGGUGUUCUUCACCAUCAUGUACAGCGAUUUGGAAUGUGACUACAUCAACCCGAUCGACCUCUGCAACCGUCUGAACGCGUACAUCAUCCCCGAAGUCGCCGUCCACGGAUUCCUGACGUUCCUGUUCCUGAUCAACGGCUACUGGCUCCCGCUGAUCCUGAACCUGCCUCUCCUCGGAUGGAACGCGAAGAAGAUCAUCGACAACACGCACCUUCUGGACGCCACCGAGAUUUUCCGGAAGCUCAAUGUUCACAAGAGGGAAUCCUUCACCAAGCUCGGCUUCCACCUCGUGCUGUUCUUCUUCUACCUCUACAGCAUGAUCGUCGCCCUGAUCAAGGACGAGGCGCACUAAGCCUCUCUCUCGUCGGCUCUUGUUCGUCCAACGGAUUUGCUGUGUGGCCAUGGCCAUGAAGGGGCCGCUGGUCUGCAACUGCGACUGUGGGGCCCACCGACUGGUCUGGCGGUGUGUGUGUGUCCGAAUCGGGAUCUAUAUAGACAGAUUCUCUGGCGGCGCGGAUGGUUUACGAUGUGAAUAAUGGCGGCAUGCGGCAUGGGGCAUGAGUACGAACUACACGAUGGUGGGUAAUGAAGUAUCUGAAGGCGGGCUGGAUCCU